AUGAGCGCCGACGACUCAUUCUUCAAUCCCCGCGGCAACUCUGGGCAGUUAUACCUCUCCCACCCUCCGACUGAUGAAUCGGACAUGUCGGGGGACGAGUCGUUCUUCCACACUCGCCCCCAACACGAUGAUUCGGACGUAGGCCUGACUCCCGAUAGUCGGGCUCAAGUCGAGGCGUACCGGCAGCAGGUGCGGGCCGAGGGACGCGAGUACGAUGACGACGAUGGUCAUGGAGACGGCGACGAGUACUAUGACGAGCAGGAGAGUUAUUCGGAGGGGAGUAGUGCCGUGUUUGAUCCCGAUAAUGAUCCAACUGGCUUUGCGCAGCGGCUCGACGAGCUCGCGGGCGUCAUGGAGAUUGGAGAAGAGGAGGCACGCGCGCUGCGCUGGGGCCCUAAUUUGGGCAGCGAUGACACGCCACUGUGCAUCGACGAGUUCAAGGACGUGCUUUACCACUACAUCGCCGCUACCGAGUGGCGGUACGAAAUGCCCCAGGAGAAGGAGCACCCUAUUGCCGUGCUGGGUCCGGCUUGGGCUGGCCGCCGCAUAUUGCAGGAGGAGGAGACGUUUAGCGGGUACGUAGGGUAG